AUGCCCAAGUUCUUCUGCGAUUAUUGCGAUGUCUAUCUGACGCACGAUUCCAUGAGCGUGCGAAAGGCGCAUAACAGCGGUCGAAACCACCUGCGCAAUGUCGUAGACUAUUACCAACAAAUCGGUCACGAAAAGGCACAAUCCGUCAUCGACUCCAUCACCUCCUCCUAUGCCGCCGAAGGCCAGGCGCACAACAACCCCAUGUUGCCGCAGAACCAGCCAGGACACGCCUUUCCGCCGCCUUUCCCCUUCCCCGGAGGUAUCCCACCUCCCUUCCCCGGCAUGCCCGCUGGCGCGCCUCCUUUCCCUCAAGGCAUGAUCCCGCCCCCCGGACCAGGUGGCCGCGGGAUGCCUCCUAUGCCCCCCUUUCCCCCGGGUCCCAACGGUUCACCCAUGCCCCCCGGCGGCCUGCCCUUCCCUCCGCCGGCCGGUCUCCCGGCCGGCCUGCCCUUCCCGCCUCCUGGCGCACCGGGCGGCCUGCCCCCUAACUUCCAGUUCCCUGGUAUGCCGCCGCCGGGUGCUGGCGGAUUCCCUCCCGGCCCUCCUGGGGCUUUCCCUCCUGGUGGCGGUCCUCCGGGACGUGACCAGCGGUAA